AUGGAGCAGCGGCAGCAGCAGCAACAGCAACAACAGCAGCAACACAGCCGCAGCAACAACAGCAGCAACAACACCAGCAGCAGCAGCAGCAACAGCAACAGCAGCAGGUCUCCUCCAGCCGCUCAACCAGACAGUUUGUUAAUACAGAUACACCGCGGGAUACCAGCAGCUUGCGGAGCACUGACUGCAGCAGCAGCAGCAGCAGCAGCAGCAGCAGCAGCAGCAGAAGCAGCAGCAGCAGCAGCAGGAGUAAAAGCGCAGAUAAAACUAACAGAAAUUCCUCUUGGAGAUGGAGCAGCGGCAGCAGCAGCAACAGCAGCAGCAACAACAGCAGCAACACAGUCGCAGCAACAACAGCAGCAACAACACCAGCAGCAACAGCAGCAGCAGCACACUCUGCUGCAGCCGCAUAGGAAGACACAACCCCGGACCACAACAACCCCCCAUCAACACCACCACCAUCCCGCCUGCAUCAUCAUCAUCAUCAUCCUCCCCAUCAGCAGCAACAACAGCAGCAGCAGCAGCAGCAACAGCAGCAGCAGCAGCAACAGCAGCAGCAGCAGCAGCAGCAGCAUACUUGCGCUCGUUUUGAGUAUCCCGUGA